CGUCGCAAUGGCGUUAGUAGACGCCUGACGUCAUUGACAAUCGCAAUAAUAACGUGUCACAAAUACCUGACAGUUUACUGUCCACCACUCCCAAAAACGUCAACAACUUUUCCGAAUCCCCAAAAACUAAAAAACAAACACACAAAUCCAAUCCAUAACCAAACACACACAAGGGUUACAACUAAAAUCGUGUGAACUCGAAGAAUUAUCUCGUAAACAAUUACAAUUGCGUCAUCGUCGGGUGCAGUAAAGGAAAAGCAUUCAUCUAAAAUAAUGAAUACUUGCGGAUUCGUGACUUGCGGCCCCAAUGAGGCGUUGGUAGUAUCAGGAUGCUGCUACGGGAAACCACUCCUUGUCCCUGGAGGACGAGUUUUUGUCUGGCCGAUUGUUCAACAGGUUCAAAAAAUAUCGUUGAACACCAUGACCCUCCAGGUUGAGAGUCCUACUGUUUACACGAGCCAGGGAGUUCCUAUAUCUGUUACAGGAAUUGCACAGGUGAAAAUCCAAGGACAAAAUGAAGAGAUGCUGUCGACGGCAUGUGAACAAUUCCUCGGGAAGGAUGAGCAUGAGAUUCACGAUAUUGCUCUGGUGACUCUCGAAGGACACCAGCGAGCAAUAAUGGGAAGUAUGACAGUCGAGGAGAUCUACAAGGAUCGCAAGAAGUUCAGCAAGGAGGUGUUCGAGGUUGCCAGUAGUGAUCUCAUCAAUAUGGGUAUCACUGUGGUCUCGUACACCCUGAAAGAUAUCCGCGAUGAAGAAGAUUCAAAGGGAUAUCUGAAGGCUCUGGGUAUGGCGAGAACUGCUGAAGUGAAGAGGGACGCGAGGAUUGGAGAAGCUGAGGCUCGCAAGGAUGCACAAAUUCGAGAAGCCAUGGCCGAGGAGCAAAGGAUGGCUGCUCGUUUCCUCAAUGACGCUGACAUCGCCAAAGCACAACGCGAUUUCGAACUCAAAAAAGCUGCGUACGACGUUGAAGUUCAAACGAAAAAAGCAGAAGCAGAGAUGGCAUUUGAGCUCCAAGCAGCCAAGACUAAACAGAGAAUCAUGGAAGAGCAGAUGCAGGUGAAAGUAGUGGAACGUGGACAGGAAAUUGCUGUUCAGGAGCAGGAGAUGAUGCGUCGGGAGAGAGAGCUGGAUGCAACUGUUCGACGUCCAGCUGAUGCUGAGAAGUACAGGCUGGAGAAGAUGGCUGAGGCUAAUAAACUCAGGCUAGUGAUGGAAGCAGAAGCUGAGGCUGAGGCUAUCAAGGUUCGUGGUGAGGCUGAGGCCUUCGCCAUCGAAGCUAAAGCCAAGGCUGAGGCCAAUCAGAUGGCUAAGAAGGCUGCAGCAUGGGACGAGUAUGGAAGUGCUGCUAUGGUCGAUAUGAUGCUGGACACGCUACCAAAGGUCGCAGCUGAAGUUGCUGCUCCACUGUCUCAAGCAAAAAAGAUAACAAUGGUUUCCAGUGGCAAUGGCUCCAUUGGGGCUGAAAAACUGACCGAGGAAGUACUCAACAUCGUAACCCGUGUUCCCGAACUUGUCAAGAAUAUGACAGGUGUAGACAUAGCAAAGUCCGUUCACGCAGCAUAAAUUGACCAAAAAGUCGUCCCUUGUCAUCCAAAGAUAAGUAACACCUACCAUAGAUGUGUAAUCGAAUAAUCCAAUUUUAAAAAUUGCACUUUUUUCUUUUAUUUUUAAAAUAAGACGAUUUUUAUUAAUAAUACUGUAAUUUGAUUUUUCUAUGGAACAGAAAUCUUAUUAGGAUAAAUAAUCGAAGUUUUUCCAGAACAAAAAAAAAAUAUUGAUAAAAUAAUUGUAUUUUCAUACUUCUUGACAAAAAUUUAUAAUCUCUGCUGUUAAAAUCUAGGAAAUUGCCAUUGUUAGCUUAAGGAUAUGAAUAAUCAUAGUCCAAUGGAACAUUAUCAUUACGAAGAUUAAUUUAAAGCAAACUGGUAAAUAUGACGCAAACAGCAAUGAAGUGGUAAACGGAAAAAAAAAGAUUGAUAAUGAGAAGUAAAAAUUCAACGGAGUACGUUUUUCGAUUUCAUUGCGGGAAUAGUUACCAUCAUUAUGUGUGGUCUCAAGCAAUUUUUAGAUGUCCUACAAAGUGAAAAUUGAGAAUAUAAUGAAGUAAAUCACAUAUUUACGAUAGUACUCAUCGUAAUGGUAAUGAGCAGAACAAAUGAAUGUAAAAAUGCUCUCACGAUUCCAGAUUGGACCGCGAGCUCAACGUUUCCCGAUCAUGUGUAAUGUAAAUUAUAAUAAAUUUUGAAAUUUGCUUCAUUUGAA